AUGGACCCAACUACCUCCUCUGUCGAGACCGAUUCCUCCAUAUCCUACGGCCUGAAUCUACGGCGGUCUAUAAACAAUGGUGCAAUUGUGGAGCCGAGGUCGCCUCCGCGGCCAGAGUCGAUACAGAGGCUGAUGUUACAGAAAUUGAAAGAUGAUUUGCAGAGGCUCCCGGAGGAUAACGGGGUCAAUGAAUUUACCGAUAUGCCCGUGAAAGAGUUUGGGAAAGCGCUUCUCAGUGGGUAUGGUUGGUACGAGGGUAGGGUUAUUGGGAAGAAUGCAAAAGAAGAUGUAAAAGUGGUUGAAUAUUCGGGGAGAACUGGCAGACAAGGCCUGGGCUUUGUUGGUGAAAUACCCAAAGAGAAAGUAAAGACAUAAAACGAGGUAGAGAGCAAAGGGGCACUACUGAAAAAGUGAGGGGAAAAAGGGUGCGUUCUAAUGUGGGUAGGGAAGUUUGCGCCUUGAACAAAUCGCUGAGUACAUUGGAGAUCCGAGGGUGUAUCUGCAUGGAGGGAAGAAAGAGGAGCUACCAUUGGAACUGGAGGUAUCCAAGCAGGGCAUGUUGCAGCAGACUGGAUUGUGCCCAUAUGCAGCUUAUCUGAUUGGGGAUUGGGUUUGGUUGGUCACAAC